CCUCUCCAUGCAGCAACACAACUCAUUCCCAAAAAGUUAUAAACCAGUCUCAUUUUGUUCUCUGUUUAAGUUCCACCAUGACACAUCCAAUUCUAUUGCUUGGACUUCUCACAGUAGCAUACUUUAUAAGUCAUUCUCAAGCUGAAAACGCGUUCUCACAGUAUUGGGAAGAGUAUAUUGGUCUUCCAAAACCUCCACAUUGGUUAGCUGCAAAGGCUUCUCCAUUAAGCCUCCAUCAGGUGACAGUAUUUAUAAAACUUGUGGAAGAGAAUGAAUUGUCUUCCCACUUGCCAUCAUUUUGUAAGCAAGCCAAUGUUGCUUGUUCUAAAAAUGCAUUAGAGAAAAAGACAACCAACAACACAACCCUGCCACCAAUAGUCCCAUGGAAUGAUGCCAAACUGAAAUAUGAUGGCCAGCUUCCAAAUGAAACACCAUUGUCAGUUGCCAGCCAAGGGGGAUUGUUAUUUUUCCGAGAGUCAAUGGUGAAAGAAGGAGGUUUCAUGCUUAUCCCUGAUCUAAGGGAUCCAAUGUCAUAUAAAUCAUUCUUGCCGCGUUCUCUGGCAUCAAAAAUCCCAUUUUCCUUUGCCCAAAUCAAGGAAUUAAAGAAGCUUUUUGGUGUGGUAGAUGAAUCAAACAUGGAUGAGUACAUUCAAGAAACCCUCAAGACAUGUGAGAAGAGCCCUAUUCGAGGCGAGCAAUGUACAUGUGCAACAUCUGCUGAGGAUCUAAUCGAUUUUGUUGUUAAGAGAUUAGGGCACCAUGUACAUUUAUGGAGUACUGAGAGCAUUGAAGGAUCUUAUGAGAAUGUCACAAUUGGAACUGUGAAACUCAUAUAUGGAAACCUCUUUGAACCACCAGCCUUAUGUCAUAGUCAAUCAUUCCCAUUUCAAGUCUAUUAUUGUCAUGUUUUACAAAAAUUAAAAGUAUACACAAUUGAUAUACAUGCUAAGAAGAAAGUGAAUCAUGCGAUCAUGGUAUGCCACUAUGAUAUAUCAACUUGGAAUCCAAACCAUAUUGCUUUUAAGCUGGGUUUUGGCUCAGGCCUAAUUGAAGUUUGUCAUUGGAUAAACGAGAACGAAAUGGUUUGGACAAAGACUCUAGGUUGA